AUGGACCCCUCACCGUCCUCAGGCCCCCAGCGGAGGCUGCGGCAGGAACGCACCGUCUUCAGCAAGGAGCAGCAGCAGGAGCUGGAGAGGCGUUUCGCCGACUGCAAGUACCCAGGCUACGAGGCGCGCACGGCCCUGGCGGCCAGGCUCAGCCUGAACCAGCACCGAGUUCAGGUGUGGUUCAAGAACCGCCGGGCCAAGUUCUCCCGACAGAUGAAGCAGCAGCAGCAGCGGCAGCGACCACCGGGGCAGCUGGACGGGCAGCUGGGAGCCCGGGGUGCGCCGGGCUCGUGUCCCGGAGCCCCUACCCCUGCUCCUGCGGGUCCCGAAUUCCCGGUGGGCGCAGAUGUCCGCAGCCCCCCUCCGCCCAGCCCUUUGGGAAUCUUCGCAGCCCCGGAGCCCGCUGUCUCCAGCCAGGGCCCGGCUUGGGGGACCCCUGCGCAGGGCACCCCGCGGAGCGCUCCAUCUGCGCCAGGUCCCGCCUGGGCUCGGGACCCCCGCGCCACGGGCUUGUUGCCAGACCCUGCGUUAUUCCCCGACUUCACAGAGCUCCUCGCACCCCAAGACCCCUUCCGGGGGUCUUCGCUCCUCCCGAAGACAUCUGGGUACCAAGCGGCGUCUGGCUUUGUGGACGGAAACGACUCAGCACCAAGACAUUACUGA